CCACAGUCUCUGGUCAUUCCCUGUACUAUGUCCGCAGUCUCAGGUCAUCCCCUGUACUGUGUCUGCAGUCUCUGGUCAUCCCCUGUACUGUGUCCGCAGUCUCUGGUCAUCUCCUUUACUGUGUCCGCAGUCUCUGGUCAUCCCCUGUACUAUGUCCGCAGUCUCUGGUCAUCUCCUGUACUAUGUCCGCAGUCUCUGGUCAUCCCCUGUACUAUAUCCGCAGUCUCUGGUCAUCCCCUGUACUGUGUCCGCAGUCUCUGGUCAUCUCCUGUACUGUAAAGUAAAAUAUAUUGUAUUUUUUUUU